GAUUUUAGAGAUAUUUUUGGAAUUAUAUAUAGGGCUAAUGGAGUAUUGGGAUGAUUGUGGCCUGAAUGUGACUGGGAAAGCGAAGGUUUGGAGAAGAGAGUUGUCUAAAGCCAAAAAUAUAAGGAAGCCAAAACUCAGGAACUCAGCAAGAAAACCGAAACUAUCCAGCCCCUCUUCCACUCAGGAUGAUGAAGAGACAGGAGAUUACCUGUUUUAUCCAACACAGAACCAUCCUGUCCCCUCGUACCAGGACUUUGAAUAUAAAGAUCCUCUCAAAAAGUCUAUCACAAAGCAAGUGUGCAAAUUAAUACCUCCUAGGAUGAACUACAAAAUUAGGAAGACUCUAAGCCACGGCUAUUUUACCUAAAAAUAACACUCAAAGAUCUGUCUCCUCGAGGAAAGGAACUCUAU